GUCCACCAAAGCAUUGUGGGAAGGAAAGCAGAGCUGGCACGGCCGUUGAUGGCAGACAGAUAAAUUUAGUUAAUAUAUUUCGGCUUGCCUGUGCGUCGGAGGAAAAGUCGUAGCGAGGACGACUUCUUCCCGUUGCUAAUGCCCGCCUGCUCGCCAGAGGGGGAGCGUAUGCCGGUGUCAUCGCUGCUGUCCUGCGCACGGGGCGCUCGAAGCAGAGGAGUGGGAUCCUGUGUCAAUGGACCGCGGCGUUUUUAGUUUCUACAACAAGGGAGGCGAAUAAAGCAGCUACGGAUUAUAUCCCUGCGGUGAAUGGGUGGGGGGCGACUGCGCUCCGACGCCGCUCGUAAACGUCAACCGUUCCUGUGAGGAUUUGUGUCAAAGACGCCGUCAAAGAUGUCGACCAGCAGCCCCGAAGCGGUGAAGAAAUUGCUGGAGAACAUGCAGACGGACCUGCGGUCUCUCUCCAUGGAGUGCAAGAAGAAAUUCCCCCCUGUCAAAGAGGCUGCAGAGUCUGGCAUUGUGAAGAUUAAAACCAUUGCAGCCAGGAAAACGGACAUACUGGCAGCACUGAAGGAGAACAGCUCAGAGGUGGUGCAACCUUUUCUGAUGGGCUGCGGCACCAAAGAGCCAAAGAUCACCCAGCUGUGUCUGGCUGCCAUUCAGAGACUCAUGUCUCAUGAGGUAGUGUCUGAGGCGGCUGCAGGGAACAUCAUCAACAUGUUGUGGCAGCUGAUGGAGAACGGUUUGGAGGAGCUGAAGCUCUUGCAGACGGUGCUGGUCCUGCUGACCACCAACACGGUUGUUCACGACGAAGUCCUCUCAAAGGCCAUCGUGUUGUGCUUCCGUCUCCACUUCACCAAGGACAACAUCACCAACAACACGGCGGCCGCCACCGUCAGACAAGUCGUCACUGUCGUCUUUGAGAGGAUGGUCGCCGAAGACGAGCGAUUCAAAGGCAUUGCGGAGCAGCCUCCUCCCGUCCAGGGAAACACCAACCGGCGCUCUGUCAGCACCCUGAGGCCCAGCGCCAAGGACGCAUACAUGCUGUUUCAGGACCUGUGCCAGUUGGUGAACGCUGACGCCCCCUACUGGCUCGUGGGAAUGACAGAAAUGACCCGAACGUUUGGCCUGGAGCUGCUGGAGUCGGUUCUGAACGAUUUCCCUGCUGUUUUCUUACAGCACCAGGAGUUCAGCUUCCUGCUGAAAGAGAGGGUGUGCCCUCUUGUCAUCAAGCUCUUCUCGCCCAACAUAAAGUUCCGGCAGGGCGCUGGCGCCGCCGCUCCACCGGCACCCGUGGAGAAACCCUACUUUCCCAUUUGCAUGAGGCUGCUGCGAGUGGUUUCAGUCCUCAUUAAACACUUCUACAGCUUACUGGUGACUGAAUGUGAGAUCUUCCUGUCUCUGCUGGUGAAGUUUCUUGACGGGGAAAAGCCUCAGUGGCUCCGAGCCGUCGCUGUAGAAUCAGUCCAUAGGCUGUGUGUGCAGCCCCAUUUACUAUGCUCUUUCUGUCAGUCUUACGACAUGAAGCAGCACUCCACCAAGGUGUUCAGAGAUAUCGUUAACGCUCUGGGAUCCUUCAUUCAGUCCCUUUUUAUUGUCCCAAACGCUGGCAACGCUGCUGCUGUCAGUGCGCCUGCUGGUGGGUCAGGGUCAGGGGUCCAGGGCUCGGCUCAGGGUGUUCCGGGCACAGGAGCGGGCGGCGGCACCUUGACCACACAGGCUGCGUUCGAAUACCGCGGCACCUGGAUCCCCCUCAUGACUGUUAGCAUCCAGGGCAGCGCCAAGGCCACCUACUUGGAGAUGCUGGACAAGGUGGAGCCUCCGUCCAUCCCAGAGGGCUACGCCAUGUCGGUGGCUUUCAGUGCCCUGCUGGACCUGGUGAGGGGCAUCACCUCCAUGAUCGAAAGAGAGCUGACCACGGAGGAGGAGGCAGCUGCAGAGUUCAGGGAGACUCACCCUGAGCAGGAAUGGAAACCAGAGCCAGGGGCCCACUUGGUUUGGGAGGAGAUGGUCAACGCCAGCUGGUGUGGUCUCCUGGCUGCCCUGUCUCUGCUGCUCGAUGCAAGCACCGACGAGGCGGCGACGGAGAACAUCCUGAAGGCGGAGAUGACCAUGGCGUCGCUGUGCGGCCGCCUGGGCCUGGUGACGCCUCGCGACGCCUUCAUCACAGCCAUCUGCAAGGCCUCUCUGCCGCCCCACUACGCUCUCACCGUCCUGAGCAGCAACACCUCCAACCUCUCCAGCAAAGGUUCCCACACAGUUUUUACCCACACAAAGAGACAAUCUCAAGCCGACUACUGUUUGUUCACAUCAAAUCCACUGAAUUUUCAGCUGACUGCCAAAAACAUCCAGUGCAUGAGGACGCUGCUGAACCUGGCUCACUGCCACGGCGCCGUGCUGGGGACGUCGUGGCAGCUGGUGCUGGCGACCCUCCAGCAUCUAGUUUGGAUCCUGGGACUAAAGCCUGCGGUGGGCGGAGCCCUGAAACCGGGGCGAGCCGUGGAGGGACCGAGUACGGUGCUGACCACAGCAGUCAUGACGGAUCUGCCCGUCAUCUCCAACAUCCUGUCCCGACUCUUUGAAAGCUCACAGUACCUGGAUGACGUGUCUUUGCAUCACUUAAUCAAUGCGCUCUGUUCCCUCUCUCUGGAGGCCAUGGAAAUGGCUUAUGGAAAUAAUAAGGAGCCGUCUCUGUUCGCCGUCGCUAAGCUGCUGGAGACUGGCCUCGUCAACAUGGACCGCAUCGAGAUCCUGUGGAGACCCCUGACAGGACACCUGUUAGAGGUCUGCCAGCACCCAAACUCCAGAAUGAGAGAGUGGGGGGCCGAGGCCCUGACGGCGCUAAUCAAAGCCGGGCUCUCCUAUAAACACAACCCUCCGCUCGCCCAAAAUCAGCGGCUGCAGCUGCUGCUGCUGAACCCCCUGAAGGAGCUGUCCAACGUGUUACACGCCGACAUUCGGCAGAAACAGCUGGAGUGCGUCCUUCAGAUCCUGCAGAGUCAGGGCGACAGCCUCGGCCCCGCCUGGCCCCUCGUGUUGGGUGUCAUCGGCGCUAUCCGCAACGAUCAAGGCGAAUCGUUGAUCCGAACAGCCUUCCAGUGCCUGCAGUUGGUGGUGACCGACUUCCUCCCCACAAUGCCUUGCACGUGCCUCCAGAUUGUGGUGGAUGUGGCCGGCAGCUUCGGCCUUCAGAACCAGGAGCUCAACAUCAGCCUUACUUCCAUCGGCCUGCUGUGGAACAUUUCCGAUUACUUCUUCCAAAGAGGGGAGGCCAUCACCCAGGAGCUGGAGAGAGAGGAGGAGGCUCUGCAGAAGCAGGCGCUGGAGAAGGGCGAGACGCUGAACAGGCCGUUCCACCCUGCCCCUCCCUUCGACUGCCUGUGGUUGUGUUUGUACGCCAAGCUGGGUGAGCUGUGCGUCGACCCGCGGCCCGCCGUACGCAAAAGCGCAGGCCAGACGUUGUUCUCCACCAUUGCCGCCCACGGGACCCUGCUGCAGCAGCCGACGUGGCACAUCGUGGUCUGGAAGGUUUUGUUCCAGCUACUGGACUGUGUGAGGACGUCCUCCACCACAGCGGACAAGGAGAAGAUCGAGUCUGGGGGCGGGAACAUCCUCAUCCACCACUCUCGUGACACUGCCGAAAAGCAGUGGGCAGAGACCUGGGUGCUGACACUGGCCGGUGUGGCUCGCAUUUUCAACACGAGGCGGUAUCUCCUCCAGCAACUAGGGGAUUUCUUUGAGGCCUGGGAGGUUCUGUUGAACCACAUCCAGUCGGCCGCCCUCAGUAAAAACAACGAGGUCUCGCUAGCCGCUCUCAAGAGCUUCCAAGAAAUCCUGCAGAUCGUCACGCCGGUCAAAGACUCGGACAAAGCUGGGGACGCGCUCGCCGCCAUGGGCGUGCCCCCCGUCCUGAUCGACCCGCUCUCCGCCUCCGGCCCCGGCAGACCCCUGGUGCGCUCAGACUCGCUGGUCGAGAGGCUGACGAGGUACAACGGCGCAGAGCUGCAGGCGCAGCCGCCGGGGGAGGAGUCCGCACUGGAGGACUCGACGCUGUGGUGGUCCGCGUGGAACACGUGGUACCGAGCGGGAACGGAGAGCACCAGGCCCCCCAGCGGCCCGGCCGAGAAGCUGGCCUUCAUCCCGAGCCAGCCCUUCCUCACGGCACUGAUCCAGAUUUUCCCGGCGCUCUACCAGCACAUCAAAGCGAACUUCAGCAUGGACGACCUGAAGAAGCUGGGAGUGAUCCUCCACGGCGCCGUGUCUGUGCCGAUAAGCAGCGACGCCUCGCCCUUCAUCCUGCCUUCCUACACAGAAGCCACGCUCACUAGCCUGCAGGAAGCUGUGCUCACCGCUCUGGAUGUGUUGCAGAAGGCCAUCUGUGUGGGCCCUGAGAACCUGCAGGUCAUGUACCCGGCCAUCUUUGAGCAGCUGCUGCUUUUCGUGGAGUUUUCCUGUAAGCCUCCUCAGUACGGCCGGGUGGAAACCAAACACGUGGCCAACGCUAAGUACAACCAGAUCCAGCUGUUUGCACCGGCAGAGUGGGUUGCCUUAAACUACGUGCCCUUUGCUGAGCGGUCCUUGGAGGUGGUGGUGGACCUUUACCAUAAAACGGCGUGCCACAAAGCUGUCAUCAACGAGAAGGUUCUGCAGAAUAUCAUCAAGACUUUAAGAAUGCCGCUGGGUUUGAAGUACGCCUGUCCGUCGGAGAGCACCUGGAAGCUCGCCGUGUCGUCUCUGCUCAAGGUGCUGUCCAUCGGGUUGCCUGUUGCUCGCCAACAUGCCUCGUCUGGGAAGUUCGACACCAUGUGGCCGGAGUUGGCCAACGCCUUUGAAGACUUUCUUUUCACCAAAAGCUCUCCCCCUGAUAAUCUGUCCAUUCAGGAGUUUCAGCAGAACGAAUCGAUCGAUGUUGAGGUGGUCCAGUUGAUCAGCACAGAGAUUUUACCAUUUGCCAAUUUCAUCCCCAAAGACUUUGUUGGUCAGAUCAUGGCUAUGCUCAACAAGGGCUCCAUUCACUCCCAAGCUCCCUCGUUCACAGAGGCUGAGAUAGACGUGCGGAUGCGGGAAGAGUUUUCGAAGGUGUGCUUCGAGACGCUGCUCCAGUUUUCCUUCAGCAACAAGGUGUCCACCCCUCAGGAGGGCUACAUCUCUCGCAUGGCGCUCUCCGUGCUCCUCAAGAGGGCCCAGGACGUCCUCCGACGCUACGUGGAGGACGAGCGGUUGAGCGGACGCUGUCCGUUACCGAGGCAGCAAGUGACGGAGAUUAUCUUCGUUUUGAAAGCUAUAAGCACUUUGAUGGACUCGCUUAAAAAGACUCUGCCAGAAAACGUGGAUGGCAACACGUGGGCUCAGGUGAUCGCUCUGUACCCCACGUUAGUACAGUGCAUCACCUGCUCCUCGUCCGAGGUGAGCGCAGCCCUGAAGGAGGCCCUGGGGCCCUUUAAAGACUUUAUGCAGCCGCCCAUCUCCAAAGUCCAGAACGGAGAGUCCUGACCGGACUUACUCUCACACUCCCUGUUUUUAUAAUAAUGAAGAAAUCUUGAAUCUGGAUUCUUAUCCCGGGGUGCUUCACAAGUGCUUGGACAUUGAACUCCAUUUACGACGACGCGAAGCAGCUCCCCCCACCCCGCAGAGAAGGCCGGACGACUCCAGACUUAACAUGCAUCAUUGUGUGCUUUUCAUAUGAGCUAAUGACACUUAAACCCCUCCGCCUCCAUUCACCUUCAGGCUGGCUGCAGUUGCCUGUCGACUACAAAAAUAAAAGAGAAAGUUGCAGUGUUGCUCUUGGGUUUGGUUUGUUUCAUUCUUGCGAAGACGCCGCAUUGAUGUACAGUGAUUAUGUUCUUAAGGAAAAGAAAGGCAGAAACUGAUAGUACAAAUGAAAAACCCAGAUUUCUUUUUGGGGUUUUUUCACCAUUUCCAGCAAUGAAGUUCUUGCAAAAUUUUAUGCAAAUAAAAAAAAA